AUGAUCUUGCUACCGACAGUCCUCGGUCUCCGCUGUCGGGGAGGCCAGGCUCUGCUGAACCAUCGUGCUGCGCGGACUGUCUUGGAAGAACGCGGACAAAGACUUCACGCGCAGUUGUUUUCAAGCCAAGUUCCAAGGUCUCCUUUUGACCGGCCAGCUGUCGUACCGCAAAUACAUGUGCACCACUUACUGUCGCCUUUCCGAUGUUUCGCAAAGAAACGCAUGCGCUUGAGCGAGUAUGAUGAGUAUGAAAACAGCACUCAUCCAAGCCGUGUUCCCCUUACGUUCGUGAAUGUGCCCAUUCACCACCAGUCGGCUAGUGAGCUAGUGGACACUGUAGUUGUCGCAGGCCAACUUCGACUGAAGAACCCGAAUUUUUGGCGAAGAUGCACGACGGCGGUGACCGACUUGGUGUGCGGCUUCCGGGUCAGGGAGCUGGUUGCCAUCUUGAAUGCCUACGCGAAGGCCAGAUACCGCGACGAGCAUUUGUUCAGUUGCCUUGCAAAAGCGAUCGCUCGACAGGCCUCCCAAUGCCGCCCUUCCGACAUUGCUGUCGCCGCUCAGGCAUUUGCGAGGAUGAAUAUCAAAGAAUGUGCCUUUAUGGACGUUGUCGGUGGGGAGGCGUCGCGGAGACUUCACGAGAUGGGACCGCGCGGCAUUGCGAUGCUCGCCUGGUCUUACGGGAGAUUAGGGAUUUCUCACGAGGCGUUGCUUGCGGGGAUCUUCCAUGAGAUUCUAGAGAAUGUUGACGCGUUUGCCAGCCUCGACUUGACGCAGGUCAUAUGGGCUUUCGGCGAACUGAAUAUCAGGGAUGUUGCAGUUCUCUCGCGAAUAUGCGAUAAACUGAGAUCACACCUCUCUCAGCAGACGCUUUCAGAGUCACUGAUUUGUACUCAUGCAUUAUCUAAGAUCCUGUUCUUUGACCAUGAGGUACUGUCAGAGCUUCGCAGCCUCUAUGUGCAGAGACUGCGAGAACUUCCCCUAGCCGAAUUGCCUCUGCUUCUACACACCUUCGUCAGGCUGGAUCGGCAGUGUGCUCCACACGAGCGGCCUCCGCCCUCCACCCGACUCCAUCGGCUUCUUGUGAAGGCGAUUUUGAACAACGUCUCUUUCUACCGGCCAACAGACAUUGAACGAGCAAGGGCGUCCUUAGCGGCCGCCGAGCUGGCAGACGACUUCCUAGACGAUGUGGCCUCUUUCGUGCUGCCCUCUCAAAUACGCGCGAUGACAGUCGAUGACAAGGUUGCUCUCCUGGAGUUCUACAGAUUCUCGGCCGCUCCAAAUUGGAGCGCCAUAGCAGAUAUUGUCGCGGAGCUAUUCCCUUCACCCCCCCCUCGACUGGGAGACUGGUGCCAGGUGCACACCUCUGAGGAGCAGGCGCUUCGGUGUCUUGAAGCACUGGCCGCAAUCCAAUACAGAGAAGGGGUUCUGUACGUUUUACAAGCCUUGAAAGAGGCGGAUGACGCAAACCGUCCCCCCAUCAACACAAGGCCGGUUUCGAGUUGUGCCCCGGAUGCAGACCAUAGAGCUUCAGCGCAUGCGUCGCUCCCAAAGCGGUUUAUGACGGGCGCCGUUUCGCUCGUCGUCCAGCGUCUCCUUUGCCAACUGAUUCCGACUGAAGCUGAGUUCAUAACGAUUUUGGAGGAAUCCUGCGCUGACCGCGCCAGCGCCCUGCCUGUCGACGAAACCGGCCCAGCUGUCAGUCGGCGACUAGAAGAUUCCAGGGGCGACUCACCGGCUGAGCCUUGGUCUCCACGCAGUUCUUCCAGCGGUGUUCGUGAGGAGGCCCAGGAGGCUGGCGCUCCGUUUGCUGCGCAUCUAGGCUCUUUCGCGCAGCUCACACAAGCAGGCGACGCGGCUCGGAGACUCCCCAACGCCACAUCCUGUUUCCACUACAUGGGCCGAACGGUGCAACGGGCGAACGCGGCUGUUGCAGAUGAGGCCCUCUGGGCAGCUGCUCAGCACACCGGUGGCGCUUGCAAUAACGAAGCAACGGCGCCUCAGCAGAGCUUCUGGAACCUUCCGGCCACGAAAGAGGCGAAACAACUCGCUGCCGGGGACGACAGACAAGAUUCGUCAGUGCUACCUCGAGAUGCGCUGCUUGCAGAAGGCGCUGAGAAAGCCGCCCCUGCCAUGUGUCCGGUGUUGUCGUCUUCAACCGACGCGGAAACACUUCCUGAACAGGAGCCUGACGCUUCGAGCGCACUCCACAGCAGCCACGCAAAUGCGGCCAACCCGCGGCGCGACUCUCCAAGCGGCGACAGCGGGCGAGACGCGCGAAAGCCCUCGACACCUCGCACCGAGAGACUUCCGGUCGCGGGGAGGCUCCGGUUGAACCCGAACGUCAUGAAUGUGGAGGUCUACAACGCGUUAAACCACGCGCUGGCAGGCGCGGAACCGCACGACCUCGUUGCCGCACUGGUGCGCUUUCCACAAGACCCUGCGCGAGGUCUCUGGAUCCGGGAGCUAGUCACCACGAAGAUCGAAGCUCUCGAUCCGGAGUAUUUGCCGGGCGUACUGCUGGAGCUGGCGACACACUUGAAGCGGGAUGAAGAUUUCGAGACAAAACGUAAAGAAGUAGAAGCAGAUCGCGACCAGGCGCGGAACCGUCAUCCCCUCCCGUCUCCGGAAGAAGCUGAAGCGUACAUGUUUCGGGUGUUUGACCGGCUCUUCUGUUCUUCGGCAGCAACUAGCGAUACCGCCAAAGAGGGAGACACGAGUUCCCCGGAGACACGGCGACAGACGGACUAUCCCUGCCUGGAUGCGCUGUCAAAUUCCGCCCUUGCCGUUUGCGUGAAGAUGCUGGAGGUCUACUCGGAUCGAGAGGCGGCUCAGCGACAUGCAGUUGCAUGCGCGUCGCUUUUGCUUCGGCGACUCUCCGCGGCUUCUCUCGUGGGUCCCGCCCGUGUAGAUACGCCUGCAGGGCGCUCGUAUCCCGCUGCGCGUGCAAACGGAUCUUUCUUGCUGAUUCGUGUGAAAACGGUUCAGAACGACCGCAUGCAGACUCUCAAUGAGACACACGAAGGCCGGGAGCGAGCGGCGGAAGACACACGAACGCCCGGCACCCUGGAACCAGCGACGGCGAAGCAACUGGCGAGGAUUUUCCACUCUCUCGUUGCUCUCGACGUCUUGCCUUCACGGCGUCUCUGCAUCGAACUUGCUCGUCGCAUAGGUCUCCUCUCGUCGCCAGACCUUUUCACUGUUCUUCGCACUUUUGCGGCCUUGGGAUGCUGCGAAGAGCCCGUCGCCACGCACCUCGCGUUGGGUCUCAGCCUUCGCAAGUCCCAGAUCAAAAGCUGGAGGAAAAUGAGAGAGCUGGAGUUUCUGUGCUCUCGGUUGGGCGUGGACUUGGAGGAUGGUCUACCGACGAGCGAAGGCGGUUCAGGGAAAGAGCGCGGGGCACGCACAGCCUCGAUUGCAGAUGCGUUGGGCGAAGAAGAUGACGAGAGCUUGGGCGCGGUGGAACUGCCAAAGGACUCGGAACUACCAAAGUUGGAAGACGAACUGGAUCAGGAUAUCGUGAAUCGAGUGGAGAAACAAAACCGAGGGAAUGCAGCUGCGUCACGGCCACGUAAAGCAUCUGCUGCGAGGCCGUGA